AUGGACGAGGAUGCGGCGUCGUCGCUUGAGUCGUACCUCCUUCUUAUUCUAAGCGAUUCCAAUUUGCCAACAGGUGGCUUUAUUGCGUCGGCCGGCUUGGAAUCGUACUAUUCCCAUGGCUUUAUGACACACCAGCAUGCCGACUUUAUCACACCGACCUUGACGUUUGUGGAACACACGCUACUCAACUACAGUACUGCGGUCGUGCCGUACAUGCAAGCGGCCUACCUUCUUACGCAGUCGUACUUGCACAAGCACCAUGAUUUGGAUACCACACUAACCGCUCUUGCCCGCUUGGAUUGGCAUCAUCAUACCCUUCUGCUGAACCAUGUAGCCCGUCGCGCCUCGAUGAUCCAAGGAAUGGCACUACUUUCGCUGUACAUGCGCUCGUUUAGCGAGACAAAUGCCGUGUACGCUGACGCGUCGCAGGCGCUGAUGGAGCAGCUUCGGAAGGGUAUCCGACGUGGCGGCGCACAAUUGCAAGGCGGCGCGCUGUCCCUGUCGCCGCCGGCGCUCGCUGGCCACCUGCCGACUUGUAUAGGAGCGUUCUCAUGCUGCAUUGGAUUGUCGAUGGAGCGCAUGGUGCACCUCAACUUGUUUUUGCAGGCCCGCAAUCUCAUGUCGUGCUCCAUUCGCCUAAAUACAUUGGGGCCGUACAUGUCGCACCAACUCUUAGCGCGUCCCUUGCGUGGAAUGGUCGAGCAGUGCAUGAAGACCACGUCACGACUUGCUGCCGACAAGCUGUAUACGCAAUCGCUACCCCCGAAGGCGCCGACCACCGCUACCACGCCGCAUGCUGCGUGGGACGACUGGGAUUGGGACGAUGAGGAGCCAGACGCAGGCGACAUUGACACGUCAUGA